UUCGAUGGCAGGAUCUCAGCCAGCUUCAAGAACAGUCAGAAACCAGAGUAGGCCCAGUCCUGGUCCUACGUUCAAAAAGACACUGGGCCGAGUUUGCUGACCGAAUCUCAGCCAGCUUCGAGGAGUCAGACACCGAAGAGGGCCCAGACCUGGUCCUACGUUCAAAAAUACACUGAGCCGAGUUCGGUGACUCUCAGCCAACUUCGAGGAGUCAGACACCGAAUAAGGCCCAACUCUGGGCCAGCACUCGGUGGCUAUCUAGGCAUGCACCAAACACACAAACACCUGCUGAGAAACAAAAGUAUGAACACAACACAAGUGUUAGGCAUGGAUUUAUAAUGAAAUUAUAAUCAAAUAAAAAAGGGACUGCAUCUCAUAUAAAUAUUUAAUUCUUUUGGCAUUGUUAGAAAAUGCUGAAGAGUUAAUUAAUUAAUUAGCACUUCAGAAUGCACUGGUAUUAUCAAAAGUUACUCCCUCUCUCUUUCUUAAAAACUGGUGAAAUUGUUAUGGCAUUAUAUCAAAUAGAUAAUGUACUGCACAAGAUCUACAGCAAGAUGAGUGAAUUUUCUUCUCAUUUCUGGUCGUAAUGUACCUGUAAAUUAAUGUAGGCGAUUAAAAAGUGUCAGUCUCUCUGCUAUUUCAUCGUGCCAUCAGCCUGCGCGCCUGUUUACCGUAAUGUCGCGCGUAUACGCGCAUCAAAAUUUGAAGCGCGGAUGACUCGACUGCGAAUCUGCGAAGUGCGGAUAGCUUAAUGACUCCAGGAUACACUGCUUGGUGUCUGACACACUGUUUUACCAUAGUUUUAAUAAGAUCUUGUGACAAAAAAUGACUUAGCUUCAGCCUAAAUGGAAAAAAGUCCUGCACUCAUGAAAUAAAGGUCUGUGGGAUUUAAAACAUUUAAAAAGUGUUCAGUGAUUUAAACACUUGUGCUGUAAAUGAGAUAAUAAUUAUUUAAACUAAUUUAUUUAUUUAAGUUUGUAGAACACAAUUCCAGAAUAAAAUAUAUAAUCACUUCUUAUGAACUGAAACUAUAAAAUAAGAAAAGAUACAUAAAAUAAAAUGAAAUAAAUAUAAAUAAAUAAUAUAAAAGCCUUCCAUUUCAUCUAACUGACUAUUAUUCAUUUUAUUAUUAAUUGACUAUUAUUAAUUUAUUCAUUUUUUUUUUAGAAAUGUAAUGUUUUCUUUGCAAUGAGCAGGGGUUCAAACAUCCACAACUAACACAAUUAAAAGAAUGACCCUAUAUGUGAGGAUUGCUUACAGAAGCUGUGAUUGGCUGGGCAGUUUUAGGGUGAGCUGAAAGCGAGCAUUGUGAUUGGCUCAGUUCAUCAGUAAUCAACAUCCUAUUAAACAUAGCGCUCAGCUCUUCUAUUUUCCCAAUUACUGCUCCCUCUCUAAAUUCCUGCUGCUCAUCUCCUCUCCUCAAUUCCUCCACAAUCUGGAAGCAGCCAUAGCACUUCUACCUGACGCACGUUGGUGACAUAACGCGAAAAAACCACACGUGACUCUCAAGACCGAUUCGAACUUCGUUGCCAUGGUUGCACCAAGGCAGCGUCAGAACGUGUGACGUCAUUCGAACAGGAGUAUAAAUAUGAUCACAACUCACUACAACAUUUCAGAGGCUUCAGAACACUGAAGAGAGCAGAGCUGAGCGUAAUGAAUAUUAGUAAAACGAUAAUGUCUACAGACAGCCAAGACCUUGACAACAAAGUCACGGUGUCUAAAGAAGUCGGGCUCUCCAUCGAGGACCCCUGUGCCGACUCUUUAAAUGAGAGCUCCCUGGCCCUGAGUGCACCUGCAGAGGAUGCGGCGCACCAGGCCGAGGAGGGCACAGUUACUGAUGAGGACGAGAGACCCGCGUGGAGCAGCAAGUUUCUCUACAUCCUCGCUCAGGUGGGCUUCUCCGUGGGACUCGGCAACGUGUGGAGGUUCCCCUACCUGUGUCAGAAAAACGGUGGAGGAGCAUUCCUGGUGCCCUACGUCAUCCUACUACUUUUGAUUGGCAUCCCACUGUUCUUUCUGGAGCUUGCCGUGGGGCAGCUGAUCCGUCGGGGCUGCAUCGGGGUCUGGAACCACAUCAGCCCUCGCCUGGGAGGCAUUGGCUUUGCCAGCUUUGUGGCUGGCUUCUUUGCAGCCCUCUACUACAACGUGAUCGUCGGCUGGAGUAUCUUCUAUUUCACCCAGUCUUUUCAGGAGCCCCUGCCUUGGAAAGACUGCCCUCUUAUCACGAAUGCAACCGGCUCAUACAUCGUGCCGGAAUGUGAAAAGAGCUCCGCUACCACCUACUACUGGUAUCGUGAAGCUCUGGACAUCUCCGAUUCCAUCUCGGAGAGUGGAGGACUGAACUGGAAGAUGACCCUCUGUCUGCUGGGCGCAUGGAUAAUAGUGUGUCUGUCAAUGAUGAAGGGCAUUCAGACUUCAGGGAAGGUGGUUUACUUCAGCUCCCUGUUUCCGUAUUUGGUGCUGUUCUGUUUCUUGGUGAGAGCCAUGCUCCUGGAAGGCUCUGUGGAUGGAAUUGUCCACAUGUUCACCCCAAAGAUUGAGAUCAUGCUGGAUCCUACAGUGUGGAGAGAUGCUGCUAUUCAGAUCUUCUUCGCUCUGGGCCUGGGCUGUGGUGGAGUCAUCGCCUUCUCCAGUUACAACAAGAAGGAUAACAACUGCCACUCCGACGCUGUGCUCGUCUCGUUCAUCAACUUCUUCACGUCUAUAUUAGCUACGCUGGUGGUGUUUGCAGUGCUGGGCUUUAAAGCCAACAUUGUGACCACCAAAUGCGUCGAGCUGAACACACAGAAGAUAGUUGGUUAUCUGGGUACCGAGAUAAGUUACGAUGUGAUCCCGCCUCACAUCGACUUCAGUAAAGUGAGCAGGGAAGAUUACCAGCAGAUAAUUGGAGUAAUUCGUGGUGUGAAGGAGAACGAUUUCUCUCAGUUGGGACUGGACAGCUGUGAUAUUACAGAGGAGCUGAACCAGGGUGUUCAGGGUACAGGGCUGGCCUUCAUUGCUUUCACCGAGGCCAUGACCCACUUCCCCGGCUCACCCUUCUGGUCAGUAAUGUUCUUCCUCAUGCUGACGAGUCUGGGCCUGGGCAGCAUGUUCGGCAACAUGGAGGGUAUCAUCACGCCCAUUGUGGACACUUUUAAAAUCCGCAAGGAGUAUAUCACAGUGGGCUGCUGUAUCCUGUCGUUCUUCGUUGGCUUGAUGUUCGUUCAGCGAUCAGGAAACUACUUUGUCUCCAUGAUGGAUGAAUACUCUGCCUCACUGCCGCUCCUUCCCAUCGUAUUUCUGGAAAACGUGGCUGUGGCCUGGAUCUACGGAACUGACAGAUUUUACGAGGAUUUAAAGGAGAUGCUGGGCUUUAGACCGUUCCGUGUUUAUUAUUACAUGUGGAAGUACAUCACUCCUCUUCUGCUCCUGGCUAUGCUGGUUGCCAGCCUUGUUCAGAUGGGUCUGGCCCCUCCCACUUACACUGCCUGGAUCCAAGAGCUGGCUCAGGAGCAAUCCCUCAGCUUCCCACCAUGGGGUCUGGCAGUCUGCAUCACGCUGAUGGUAAUCGCCAUCCUGCCUUUGCCUGUGGUCUUUUGUCUGCGCCACUGCAACAUCAAAAACAAGAACGCCAUCAUGAAAGAGAGCGCGAGACACACCAGGGAGGAUGAAGAAGAGGGUAAAGCAUCAUCAUCCAUGACUUCCAGCAGCAGCAGCAGCUCCCGCAAGGAGAGCAGCUCUAGGCAGACUGACCAUGAGACCAACAGCCACGACAGCGCCAAUUACGUGGUGGUCGAUAUAACUGAAAUGACCGAGUCAGUGGUGUGAGGAGUGAAAAUAUCACUCAGCAAUUAACAUAAAUCAUAGUUUAUAUAUGGACCACAGUCUGCAAAAAUAUUUUAAAAAUAUGUUUUAGUUUAGCUUUGAACUGUAUAUAGUUUUAGGGGUGCUUCUUCAAUUGGAGGAACUUUGUUUGGGCAUAGUAGCAUUUGAUUUCUGUAAGGAUUUUUUUAAAGAUAACAAUAUGAGCUCUUGCAACAAAUAACUAUAGAUCAUUGCUCCCUUCUGGGAGAAACCAAUUAUUAUGUGCUUUAUUCAUAAUAAAAAAAUACAACAAUAAAGCAUUAUGAAAGAGUGUGCGACGAACCAGGGAGGAGGAUGAAGAGGAUGACGUCAGUCUGCUCCAGGUAAAGACUCCCAGUGAAGCUCUGUCACCCAUGACUUCAAUCAGCAGCUCCCGCAAGGAGAGCAGUUCUACACAAGACGACCCUGAGACCAAUUACAGCCAGUGUGGGACUGUGUUGUGGUGUGGGGUGUGUGUAGUAUGGGGAGUGGAGCGUGGUGUGGUGUGGGGUGUGUGUAGUAUGGGGAGUGGAGCGUGGUGUGGUUUGGGGUGUGUGUAUGUGGAGUGUGGUGUGGGUUCUAUCAGGGGUUUGGUGUGUGCAUGCAGGGCCAAAUGGUUAAUAUAUAAUUAUUAGUUGCAAGAGUUCAUUUGUUAUAUUUUAAGAAAGGAAAUACGUUUAGAUUGUAGUUUUUGUUCUGUUAUUUGUUUGUAAUGUCCGGGUCGACCCGAGGGGGAUGGGUUCCUCUUACUGAGUCUUGGUUCCUCCCAAGGUUUCUUCCUCUUAGUAUGAGGGAGUUUUUCCUUGCCACUGUUGUCGCCACAUUCUUGCCCCUGUUGGCAUCACUGUGGUGCUGCUCGUAAGAGGCUUGGACCCGUUUCUCCAGUUGAAGAAUCCACCCAUACACAGCCUUAGACUUCAAUAAUCUUUAAAACAGUUAAUUCAUGUAAUCUGAUUGAAGCUAAUAAAACUCUUAAUGCAGACA